UGGUAAUAAGGUAGUUGAGCCCCUCCCUGUCCAUCCAACAUCAUCUACAGCCCCAGAUUGUUCCUCGGUCGAGAACCAUCAUUUCUCCUCUAGCUCUCCAUUGUCUCUAGGCUCGUGACGAAGCACCAUCAGUGGCGUCGUCCCGGAACUUCCAUCGGCGGUGCGCAGUCCGUCCCUUGCUUUGAAGCGCUUAAAGAGCCUUUCCUUGAUGCACCGGUCGCUCGAUCCAUUGAACUGGUUGAAGCAGCAGGUGAACAAAGUUCUGUUCGGGUCUGCGUUCUCGCCUGGAGCUUGCCUUGUCCCCUCUGCUUUCCGCCCUUUUCAGGUACACGCCGGUCAUCUACCAAGUAUAAGGACCCGGACCGUCGCAAGCUCCUUCCCUACUCUUGCCCCCCAUCAAUCCCCAUUCCAGGCAUCUUCCAGACACUUUCAUUUUCGAUCUCACACACACCAGAGUUGUAAUCUUUCACUCACCAGACCAUUCUCCGUCACCACCAUGGCCUCCUCCGCAGCUGUCAAAACGCUCGCCGACAUACCCACUCUCAAUGACCUCUAUCUAUCAUCCUCUCUGCGCGGCGUCUGUAACCCUCUAGCUGACCCCUCGGCCCCCGUGAAUGCCCGCGUCAGCCUCAUCCGCGCCGACAUCACCAAGCUCCAGCUUGACGCGAUCGUCAACGCGGCCAAAACGUCCCUUCUCGGUGGCGGCGGCGUCGACGGCGCCAUUCACCGCGCCGCCGGUGAAAGUCUCGUUACCGAGUGCAGGAGACUCGGAGGUUGCCCAACUGGCCAGGCAAAGAUCACCAAAGGUUACAUGCUCCCUGCCAAGCACGUCAUUCACACUGUCGGCCCCGUCUACGACCCCCACAAUCCCAAGGAGAGCGAGCGUUUGCUCCGGAGUUGCUACGAGGAAUCAUUGAGGCUGGCGUACAGGAGUGGCGUCAAGACGAUCGCGUUCUCCGGUAUCAGCACUGGAGUCUAUGGCUACCCGAGCAGGGAGGCCGCUGAAGUGGCUUGCGAGACGGUUCGCAAGUUCAUGGACCAGGGCGGCAACCAGAUCGAGCGGGUAGUCUUCGUUACGUUCGAGUCAAAGGACGUCACUGCAUACAACCAGGUGCUUCCCAUCUACUUUCCUGCGGCCUGAGUGAUGAGGCAAGGGUCGCCGUGAGCCUCCUUCUCUCACGGCAUGCACCAAGAUUGAACUAGGGGUCGUAAGAGGGACGCCAUCUUCUCAGCCGGGCGAUUUAGACGUCCUUUUACUAGUGCCAAGAUCGUUAGACAAAAUAGAAGCUCUGGCGCGCGACCGCAAGUGACUAUGCGGUGAGCAGGCGGGGCUAAAUUACUCCUUG